AUGUUCUACGUUGUCUCUUUGUCUAAAUGUAGGCUUUUUUCACCCUUGCCUGCCCGUUACGCUAAAACCUCCUAUUUUUAUCAUUUCAUUUACCAUUCUCUGUUUCUCCUCCUGCUUCCUCCCUCUCCUUCUCCUCUUCCUCGUCUCUGUUUCUUUUUCCACCUACUCCUUCUUUUCCCUCCCUUUACAUCGACCACCAUUUCCUCCCACUCGCUAAGACGACUACCGCAACAACUCUCGCAUUGCACUACAUAUCCUUUUCUUCCACCUCCAACAACCACUCUCCUCCCUCUCUUUCUUCCUACUCUCUUGCAACGCUCUAACUCUUCCUCUCCAUUCUCCUCCCCCUCCUUUUUUUUCAACCACCAACCACACUGUGCUUGUCUCCCUCAUUACUCUCACUCUUCCUCCUUUCUCCAUACCCAUUGCUGGCAUCGACUCCCACUCCUCAUUCCGUGA